UAAUAAACAUUGUUUUUUCGUCAGCCGACGAAGGUGGUACGACUGACACUUGUGCCUAUUGAUUUUGCUUUCUGCAGAAUUAAUUUUUAGAGAGUUUCCUCUACUCCCGUGUGUGUGCCCCCCAAUUGCUGGCGCUAGAGUGUUUCCUUUACUUCCAAAUUCCAUCGACUCCGUGCAACCAGCCGUGUUGCAGUGCAUUGCCACCAGCGCUAGUGGCGUACGUUCCGAGCAGAAGGCGUGUAACGCGGCAUGAAUCAGUGGUGUGAAUGAUGAAACGAUGAGCCUGUAAAUAGUGGUGUGACUCCCGGUAGUGUUAAUCUUCCUUCUGCCGUUCCCAGUGCUAGCUCCGUUUCCAGUCUCGAAUGGUGGUUUAGCAUAGUGUGUAUGUGUGUGUAUAGCGCAUAGUAGCCGUACCGUAGCCGUGCAUAGCAGUAGCGCACCCGCUGCCGGGUGUGUAUUGAAAAGAAAGGCGUUCACCACAGUGUGCCCAGAGUGACGACAAAGUUGGUGUCCCGCAGCACACAUCGACCGCGUUUUUGUCUCUUUCCGCGGGUGCGCUUUCAACCCCGGUCGCCGCAGUUACCAUACCAGCAGCAGCACCAGCAUGGAGAUUGUGCGUGCCGUAUCGGACACGUUCUGGUCGACGCGAGUGUGGCUGCCGCCGAACAUCACCUGGGAAGACAUACGGCCGGGUGUGCGAGCGGACGUGAACCAUGCCGACUACCGGCACCUGAUCUACCCGAUACCGCUGGCCGCGGUCAUUAUCGUGCUGCGCUGGAUUAUUGAACGAUAUUGGAUUGCACCGGUCGGUAAGGCGCUCGGUAUCAAGAGCACAGGACCAAAGCCACCGAAACCAAACAAAGUACUGGAGGCGGCAUACAAUGUCAACGCCCGGCUAAGCCACAAAACGACGAUGCGAUUGAUGAAGCAGGUGGAUUUGAGCGAGCGACAGAUCGAGUACUGGUGGAGACGCCGCCGGGCCCAGGACAAACCGACGACGCUGGUCAAGUUUUGCGAAACGUCGUGGCGAUGCAUCUACUACACGUACAGCUUCAUCUUCGGCAGCAUCGUGAUGUGGGACAAGCCGUGGCUGUGGGACAUCAAGCAGUGCUGGUACGGCUACCCGCACCAAUCGGUCACGAACGACAUCUGGUGGUACUACAUGAUCUCGAUGGCGUUCUACUGGUCGCUGACCGCGUCCCAGUUCUACGACGUCAAGCGGAAAGAUUUCUGGCAGAUGUUUGCCCACCACAUGAUCACGAUCCUGCUGAUGGCGCUCAGCUGGGUGUGCAAUCUGCACCGGGUCGGCUCGCUCGUGCUGCUGGUGCACGAUUGUGCCGACAUCUUCCUGGAGUCCGCUAAGCUGACGAAGUACGCACAGUAUCAGAAGGUGUGCGACACCAUCUUUGCCAUCUUCACCGUCGUGUGGAUCGUGACGCGGCUGAUGCUGUACCCGCGCAUCAUCUACAGCUCGUCGGUGGAGGCGCCCCAGAUACUGCCCAUGUUCCCGGCGUACUACAUCUUCAACACGCUGCUAAUACUGCUGCUCGUGCUGCACAUAUGCUGGACGUAUUUGAUCGUGCAGAUUGCAGUGAAGGCGAUCAAAUCGGGACAGAUGGAGGGCGAUGUGCGGUCCAGCUCGAGCGAGGAAAUCUCCGACAGCUCGGAAAACUCGCGCCCGGUGCUAACGAACGGUGGUACGCCGAAGAAGCAGCCGAGCAAGAACGGAACGACGACGGCGAACAGCGUCAGUGCUUCCCCGAAGAAGAAACAAUAAAACAACAAAACCCGUGUGUAGCACCGACGCAACGACGACCGGCCUUUGGUGUGGGUCGGGGCUUUGGCCACUCAAGGCCGCCACCUAUAGAAGUGCAUGCAUCACGGCAGGGGUGCCACCAGCAGAGGCGGUGGGGUGGCACGCGUAUAUCAUCACGUAGCUGGCGAAUGCGUCCCACGCGUAACGCAUUCCCUAAACACACACACAGAAAACACACGAAAAAAAAGAACAAAACAAAACGCAUUACACGCAUGUUACUAUUGGGUUUUGUAUCAUGCUGAGAGUAAAAGAAAAACAAAACCGCAUCAUGUUACACUACCGCUGCAUUAUAUAGUAUAGUCGAUCGUGGACGUGUGUGUUUGCACGUGCUGCGAGGAACCUAGAACCCUUGGAGAACUAGCUGCAUACGAUGCAGCCAGGGUGCAACGCUACUAUACCUAAAUCCCCAGUUUCUCUUACCCGUUUAGUUAAAUAGUGCAGAGGAAACGGAACGGAUUGAUGAUAGAUUUAACCAGCAAAGAGUAGGGAAGGCUUCGUAAAGGAUCGGACCGGACGAACGGAUGUACCAGCUCCGCACCAGGGGUUCACAUUGUUUUCUUUAUUUCCGUUUUUCUUCCUUCCUCUAGGGUACAUUUAAACGAGAUAGGAUUAUGGAGAAGCAGCUCCUUCCCCUGUGUUUUGCUGUAAGAAGAAAUUGUACUGCAGGAUUAUUUGUGAACAAAGAAGAAACGCAUUAGAAAAAGAAAGCAAAACGGUGGAAGUGUAAUUGAAACUGAAAUCAAACACACAGCGCAGAAGCUAGAGAUAAGUAUUUAUUAGCUAAGUAAAUCGUUAGUAGAAGCGGCGAGCGGCAGCUCGCAGCUGCAAAAUGGGGUGGAAAACCAGUGGUUGAAUUUGCAACAAAAGCGACACAAAUAUCGUGAGUGUGUUGAUUGAUCGUGUUUAGCUGAAGGGAAAGCGAAUGAUAGGGGAGAAAAGUACACAAAGUAGUACAUACGUAAACACAGCAAAUGUUGUUAAGGCUGGCGCGUGUGCGCGUUUGUGUUGCAACAAACGAGCUCUAACAAAAAGAGGAAACAAAAAAACGGGACAAAAUCAGUAAUAAAUAUAGUUUGAAAGUGACAAUGAAAAGCAAAAAACGCGAAGGGUUGUGGAGUAAAAAAAAAUAGUCCCAAAACGGUCAUUGCAGAUUGCAGAUCGCGUUGCUUACGGCAAUUUUGCUCUGCCCUUAUUUGUAGCAACAAUUUCCGCAUUUCCGCACACAUUCCGCAUUAGCAGCUGCCCUAUUUUGCCUUCUCUCUCGUGUGUUGUAUUUUGGUUUGCUGAUUAAGGGUUUUUUUUUUUGUUAUAAAAGAUAAAGGAUAAAACGUGGCAUUAGUGACGAAGCGCAGUCGACAUGUUGAAAUAUUUAGCUAGAUAUUUCGUAGAUCGUUUAAGCGAGCGUGUACCAAAUACUCGACGAUUUAAAUGGUGCUCUGGUGAUGAUGAUGAUGUGCUUGCUUUUGUGGUAUCUUCGUUUUGUACUAAAAGAUGUAAUUCAUCAGCUGCGCGUCCCGUUUCUAUCCUCAAUAACCAGCAAACAUGCUGGGGCUUCUGCUCUUGAGCGCGUGAAUGAUCAGUCAAAUCAGUUAAUGGUAUGUUGUCUCGUUGAGGGCGGUGGGCGUCCUAUAGUGCGCCGACUCUGCGCUGUUUUCAUUCACUCUACCAAAGUUUAUGUUUACUGUACUCUGGAAUAUGAUGAUCGUUAGGAUGGUCGCACCGGUAACUCACGCGCGGGCGGAUGGAAAUCGAGAAAAAGGACAUCGUUGUAUCGUGUUUGAUCGAACGAUCGCAUAGUGUGUGAGUGUGUGUGUGUGAAAAGAUAGUGCCCCCUCCAAAAAAAAAAACAAUAUAAAUAUCCUUCAUAAGACUGCAUAGCAGAAUAGAGAGGAAGAACUCCUGUGCAAAGAGGAAAAGGCACCGCGACGCGAUGCUGGUUGCAGUGGGUGAUAGGUGUGAGGCAUGAGGCAAAUGGGAAUGAAACAGACGAACAACGCGAGAAAAAGAGCUAGCUAUAUGUAGGUAAAAAUAGUAAAAAAGUGUUUUACAAAUUACAAGAGAUAUUCACGAUGAGUCGACGAAAGUCUUCGUCAUUUUUGAAAUCUUCGCUUGAGUGUCCUUACUGAAAAACAAACCCCUAUAACGAACAACCUUUUUAUCCUGUUAUUUUUUCUUCCUCUUUAUCAUCAUAUACCAGCUAACUGCAUUCGUACUACAAAUGGGGGAAAUGUUCAGUUCCCUCACACUCCAUUACCAUCACCUUUUUCGAUCGGGGUUUUCUUCGCUGCUGCUCGAGAGCAUGUAAUCGAAGCAACCCGCGGCGCUCUCCAUACCAGCUAGUUUUAGAUAAAUGUUCAUCAUUAACGCAUUAUUAACAGCAAAAACAAACGUGUAUAUGCUUAGGAAAAAGUCCUCUUCUGCAAAAGUGUCGCUAGAACAGGGAUAGGACACGUACGUGUAGUAGACGAGAAGGGGUAGAAAGGGAAGCCGUUUACCGUUUUGGGCGUGAGUGCGUGUGUGUGAGAGAGGAAGGUGGAAAAGAAUGCAAAUGGUGUUAGAAGAAAUCACAUCACGUCGCGAGAAAAUCAGUAAAUCAGUUAAAACAAAAUAAAACAAAAUCAGUUUCCCGGGAACAAGUAAAUGA